CUGAAACCUUGGGUUGGGUGGGGUUCGGAAUUUCUCCACAGGGCGGGAUGACCGGGGCUGAUAUCUUCAUUGCCGGUGUCUUGCCCAACGGGGACCAUUAUUCAUCGGAUCGUCACGCUACGGGAACUGUCGAACCGAUCGUAGACGCGCAUUCAGAUUGGGAGCUUCACGACGCAAGAGAAUCCGGGAAUCGGACAUAUCUUAAAUUUUCCCGAUUAAUUGACACCUGUGAUGAUCAGGACUACCCGAUCGGGAUGGAUAUGACCCGGUUGAUUUGGGCGUUUGGUAUCACGGACGAAAUUGCAUAUCACACAAGUACGAGACGUGGAACCAAAUCGGUAAACUUACGCGGUGCUCUGAUUCCAGAAGUGGAUUUUACCAAGCUAAAAGAACAUAAAAUGGUGCUUGACAUGGUUAUGCCUCCAAGCGACACGUCGUACUGGUGCAGUUUUCACAAAGGUCCAGCACUAGAUAAGAAGCACCACAUUGUAGCCUUUGACUCACAUCUCCCAAAUCUGCCCACACACAUCACUUUAUCCUGUACAACUGCUAUGCCACUGAUAUCAUACCGAUUGCAGAAAUUAUGGGAAAUUAUACCGUGGACAAGUAUUUGGGAGAUAACUGUUAUCUUGCUUACGAUUGGGAAAAUCUUAAGCCAGUUAUGUGGUUGAAAAAGUAUUGCAAGGAAUACUUGUACGUGUGGGCGACAGGAGGCAAGCGCAUGGUCUUUCCCGAAAAUGUCGGCUACCCUAUCGGCUAUGGCGACCAGGAGGGAAAAGAGGCAUUCUACAUGUUGGAAAUCCACUAUGAUAAUCCCGACGAGAGAACCGGUGUCCAGUUUGAAACCGGUGUUUCAUUCUUCUACACGAACGAAACUCGACCAAUUGACGCUGGACUGCUGACGGUUGGUCACGAUGUCACACUGUCAAUCACAAUCCCGCCAAACGCAGAGAAUUUCGUCACCGUGGGUCACUGUGGGGCAGAAUGCACGUCGAAACAAUUUCCCGAGGGAGGAAUCAAGAUUUUUAACGCCCUCCUGCAUUCACACCUUUCCGGGAGAAAGUUGAAACUGAGGCAAUUCAGGGACCAGCAGGAACUCGAGUGGCCCGAUUUUGAUGACCAUUAUGACUUCAACUACCAACAAAAUAAGCAUUUAAACCAGGAAGUUAUCGUGUUACCAGGGGAUCAUUUAACUUAUGAAUGCACCUAUGGCAGCGUUUGGAAAAAGGGGAAAGUUGUCACAGGAGGUAUGUCGACGGAGGACGAAAUGUGCCAAGCAUUCCUUUGGUAUUACCCCAAAAUUGAGACGAUUGAGGUUUGCGGGUCUUUAUAUGGUGUUGAGCUUUCAGUAGCCGAUUUGGGGAUCACCAAUUGGACGGGAGUUGAUACUUCGGAAAGUAUAUUAACAAAAUUCCACGUUUAUGAGCCCACCGAAUUGGCUGGUGACUUGGAGGAGUCGUUAAACACCAAGUUCAAUUGGACACAGGAAAUCAGAGAGGAGAUGGAGAGGAAGAGAAGGUACGAGGACCACGUGGGAAUCUGUGCGUCCAGAAAGAUUCGCCGAAAUUCUUAUUUUAAAGUUAAAUAUCCAACGAUAGUGACGCCUUAUGAGCCCGCUGAUACAUGCAGGAUUGCAGGUGGUGACGGUUUACAAUUAGGCGUAGUCGAUACUUUUAUGACAGUCUUUGUAAGAACAUUGGACAUAUUUUUGUAGUAAUGUAGAGUGACAAUUGAGACUAUGUAUAUGUAAUAUGGAGUCAAAAAGCAUUGCGAUCAACUAUUUAGUAUUUAUUAUUAUUAUUGUUAUUUAUUAAUCAAGCUUGCUUAUUUACAAAGCUCGUUAUGCCUGACAUAUUUGUAUUUUACAGCACAUAAGUUUGGGGCAAAUAGAUCAAAUAAUUAAAUAAAUUAGAUUAUAUGAAUACAUGGAAAUAGAUACUUAUUACAAAUAUUAUUACUCCUCAGCUUACCAAUUACAAAGCACCAACUACACAUUAAAAACAUAUUUCAAAUAAAACAUGCGAAAGUACACGUUCAAAAUAUGUAUAAGCAUGCAACUUAAUCCACCUCCACAGUAAAAAACUAUCCAUACCACAACGAAACCCACAUAAUACCCUUUUUACCCCUUGACCUUAAUUAAGUCUCUCAUAAAGUUUCUCAAAUUUCCAAAGAAACCGUAAUUGGAUAACCAUUAUAUCUCAGGAUCUAACAAAUUAGCAAAGUUUUUCUUAAUUGGGAAACUUUGCCCACUAUGCACACGUGUGACAAGCCCCAUAAGUAGUUUCCUCUUCAGAUGCGAUUUCGAUUAUGUGCCAUUUCAUGCCCUUGCCUUCUCCAGACGUGAAGUGGAAUCCGACGCGAUGCGACAAGUGUCUGUUACCAACAGGCUCACUCCAUCCACUUCCACAUCGCCACAAGGCGAUCCAAUUCCUGUUAACAUCUCCUCCAAAUAUCGUGGAUAUGUGUGAACCCAUUUAAC